AUGAGUUACGGUGGAUACAGCCAAGCCGGCUACGGCCAGAGCAACCCUUACGGUGGCCAACAGGACCCGGGGUAUGGUGCGCAGAGCGGAUACAGCAACCCAUUCACAGAACCCGACUAUGAGAUGCAGUCCAUGAACGGGGGCGGCUAUGGCCAGCCCGCUGCCGACCCCAAUGCCAUCCUGAACGAGUGCCAGGCCAUUGACCGCGCCGUCGACCAAAUCGACCAGCAGCUCGAACAGCUGCAGCGUCUGCACAAGUCGGCUGUCAACGAACCCAUGGUGUACAAGAACCAGAUUGACACCUUGAACAAUGAUAUCAUGACCGCUAACCGCGGCCUCGUGGAUCGCAUGAGGAGGAUCAAGGGUCUACCAGACUCGGGUACCCCGCGCAACAAGCCGCAGGUCGGCCGCGUGGACCGGAGACUCAAGAGUACGAUCCAGAAGUUCCAGGAGGUGGAGAGUAAAUUCAGAAAAGAGUUGCAAGAAAGCCAGGCCAGACAGUACAAGAUUGUCAGACCAGACGCUACGGAUGAGGAAAUUAGAGAGGCCGUCGAGGAUCCCAAUGCGCAGAUCUUCCAACAAGCGUUGAUGCAAAGUGAUCGACGUGGGCAAGCGCAAUCCGCAUUGCGUGCAGUGGAAGGCCGCCAUAAGGAAAUCCAGAAGAUUGAGGAGCAAAUGGUGGAGUUGGCGCAGCUUUUCCAAGACCUCAAUGCUAUCAUAGUCGAACAGGAGCCGCUGGUCGAAGCCAUUGAGCAGAAGGCGGAAGAGGUACAUGAAAAUGUCACCAAGGCCAAUGAAGAGAUCGAUGGAGCUAUCGUGAAUGCGCGGAGCAGGAACCGCAAGAAGUGGUACUGCUUGGGAGUUGCCAUCAUCAUCCUCAUCAUUAUUGCCAUUGUCGUCGCAGUGGUCGUUGUCAAUGCGACCAAGAAGUGA